CUUGCUGUUGAUAUGCAUUGGGGAGGAACAGAUUCCACGGAUAAACGUGACUGGCUUAUUAACGUGGUGUUUGAAUAUUUUGGGAAACAUGGCAGUGAAGCGGAUGUUGAUGAUUUGGAAACCAUUUUAGAACAAGUAAUGUCUGACGAAUUUAAUACUUUAUUGGAAGAUAAUUCCGCUGGUCAGGUAUCCCAAAAACUAAUCGACGUAUAUAAUGAGUGUAUGCAAGAAAAUUAUACUACCGUCGAAGCAUUGCGUUCUAGACAUUCCAGUGCACCUAGCGCUUCAAAAAAAGUAGUGUCCGGUGGUGAUGAAGAGGAUGACGAGGAUGAAAGCGAUGAAGAGUAUGGUAGCGAAGAUAACGAAUCUGUGGAAGAAAUAGAUGAGAUGGAUGUGGUGCCUUCUUCAAAAAAGGGACCCAUAAUUGAUGACGAAGGAUUUCAAUUGGUGACAAAAAGGAGGAGAUGA